AUGAAGUUCUGGAUUCUCCUACUCCUCGUGCUCACUCACGAGGUGAUGGUGCUUCUGUCCGUGCUGGGAGGCCACAAGACCGAAAAUGACAAAGAGAUCGAGCAGUGCUGGGUGCAGCCUCCGGAGAAGCACUGCAAGCAGAGGUGCACGAAGGAGCACAGCUGCCCACGCCUGAACCACACGUGCUGCUGGACGUUCUGUGGGAACAUCUGCCUGGACAACCAGGAGCCUUUUAGAACAAUGUUGAGCCCCUCAGGGCAGGCUGGAGGAUGA